UAGCAAGCAACUCAUUUUCGUUGGACUGAACAAAAUCACUUUGAGGAAAUGGUCUUAUAGAAAUAAAUUAUAAGGGAAGAAAAAGAAUAAAUGGAAAUUUUCUUAAAUUUUUACUACAAGAAAUGAUCUUUGAACCUUCAACAGCUUUGGCAUAUGCAAAUGAAGAAAUCAUCAAGCACCAAUUUGCAUCAAUCUAGUCAAAGAAAAAAGAAUGCUAAUUUUCAAGAUGAUAUAGGAACUGAUUCCACAAAGAGGCAAAAUCCUAAGACUCAUUCAGCACUGAAAAGUUUCAAGUCUGCUAUCAAGAAAUGUGCAGAUGUUUUUGCUUUAAUUCUCAGUGGCAAAAGAAAAACAGCUUCAAAAGUUAGUAUUGGAAGUGAUGGGAGAAAGCAUACAUCAAAAGCUAGAUUGGUUGUAUCAUCUUCAACUGAUUUAUCAUCUGAUAGUAACAACAAGAAUUCAUCAAAAUGGAAAUUUUCUUCUUCCUAUGCAUCAUCUAGUACUACAAGUGGACAACUUGGAAUUGGGAACUUCACUUUUGAUGAAAUUUACAAGUCAACUGCAAAAUUCUCUCCUGAUAAUCAAAUUGGGGAAGGUGGAUUUGGAAUUGUCUAUAAAGGAAAGCUUAAUGAUGGAACUAUUGUUGCAGUGAAGCGUGCCAAGAAGGAAGCACUGCAGAGUCACCUAUAUGAGUUCAAGAAUGAAAUUUACACUCUAUCAAAAAUUGAGCACCUAAAUCUUGUGAGGUUAUAUGGAUAUUUGGAGCAUAGAGAUGAAAAGCUUAUUGUUGUUGAGUAUGUUGGUAAUGGAAAUCUUAGAGAACAUUUAGAUGGUGUCUGCGGUGAUGGACUAGAAAUCGGUGAGCGUUUAGACAUCGCAAUUGAUGUAGCUCAUGCGAUAACUUAUCUUCAUAUGUACACAGAUAAUCCAAUUAUACACAGAGACAUCAAAGCAUCAAACAUCUUAAUUAGUGAGAAUCUAAGGGCUAAAGUGGCAGACUUUGGUUUUGCAAGGUUGUCUGAUGAUCCUGGUGCAACUCAUAUUUCAACACAAGUUAAAGGAACAGCUGGUUAUAUGGAUCCUGAGUACUUGAGAACUUAUCAACUCACAGAAAAGAGUGAUGUUUAUUCAUUUGGUGUAUUGCUUGUUGAAAUGAUGACGGGACGACAUCCGAUAGAACCGAAGAAACUACUUGAUGAGAGAGUGACAAUCAGAUGGGCAAUGAAGAUGUUGAAGAAAGGUGAUGCUGUGUUUGCCAUGGAUCCAAGACUGAGAAGAAGCCCAGCCUCCAUCAAAGCAGUGAAGAAGGUUUUCAAGCUAGCUUUUCAAUGCCUUGCACCUUCCAAACAAUCAAGGCCACAUAUGAAGAAUUGUGCAGAGGUUUUGUGGGGUAUCAGAAAAAAUUUUAAAGAUGAAAUCACUCCUCUUCCUACCUUACCUUCUCAUCAAUCUGAAAAUUUUCCUCAAAGAGAAAAGAAUAAGCAUAUGGUAUUUGGUAUUGAAGAUGAUGAUAGCUACAAAUUUUCCUCAGCACCUAAUCAUAUUCAUUAAUGAAAUUUGUUUAUUAUUUGAAAUUUUUUGUUCAUUAUAUGUUUGAAUUUUUUAAAUAGAGCAAUGAUAUUUUUUUAAUAGAGCAGUGGAUUGAACAAGUUGAAAUUAACUACUGCAACUCUCAUACAUAGUUAUCAAUCUUGGAUAGCAGUGCCGAGUGGCCGGCCCUGAAAUUGGGAUAGCUGAAUAGCGUGUGACAAAAUGACUGCUAUUUGAAUAUUUAUAUUUAUUUAUAAAUUUACUUACGAAAUGCA